UCUGCAGAUACUACAUAGCAAGUGUGGAUCGUGCAGUUUGUGUAACAUGAAACUAGUGUUUUUAAAUUUGGUUUUGAUCUCUUUGAUCGGUCCAAUUGUGAGUUCUCUACCUACACAAGGUCCUAGCUCACACUCCGGAGGUAUUAAUUCCGUAUUACCUGAAGAGCCAUCAUCUGCGACAGCCCAAGAUGACAAAAAGGACAAACCAAAACAAUGGAUACCAAACCCUACUCCUGGAAGCUUAGGAUUAGGUUUAUCGGAGCAUUACGAAAAAGAAUUUAAAGAGCUUGAAAAAUAUCUUCAACCUGAAGGAUUGUCAGCUGUUAUUUCAGCACUUCCUUCAUUGAAGCAAUUCCUUGCCUCUGUUGACCCGAAUGGAAACAAAGAUCCAUCCCCGGCCGUAUUACCUGAAGAGCCAUCAUCUGCGACAGCCCAAGAUGAUAAAAAGGACAAACCAACCGUAUUACCUGAAGAGCCAUCAUCUGCGACAGCCCAAGAUGAUAAAAAGGACAAACCAACCGUAUUACCUGAAGAGCCAUCAUCUGCGACAGCCCAAGAUGACAAAAAGGACAAACCAACCAAAUCAGAUGAAGAACUACAGACGGAAACUCGGUCACAGCUUGCUAGAUUAUGCUUGAACACAGAUGGAAUCCGUUCGUGUCUGCACCGGAUAAAAGCUUGGUGGAAAAAGAUGAAAAACUAGUUCAGAAAAAAAGACCGGCUAUCCUUUAGAAAAUUACUCACAAUAAAGAAUAUACAGUUAUAUUACAA